AUGUAUCCAAUCCUUCCACUCCCCUCCCUGCUAGGAUCCCUCACCAUCGAGGAGAUUCAUCAUGGAGCCGACCACGGAAGACUUGAAGGGAGCCUCCUGGGAGAUGCUCCUGAACAGCAAGGAGGAGGACAACCAUAUGCUGGUCUCCUAGCCCUGAGGGAUCAGAGAUGUCCUCUAGUCCCAAAAGCCGAGAAUCCAUCAGAAGAUAAAAUCGACGGCGAAAAUGUUCAGAAGGCUCCAGAAGUGGAUUCGGCAGAAAAACUGGAGAUUGAAGAUGAUCCAGAAGCGAAAAAAGAAGAUGAUGGAUAUGAUCUUCUAGAUGAAAUAAAAACCGAGGAGAUCAUUGAGGAAGAGUCAUUUGUGGUGCUUUUCAAUAAAACAAUCACGUUUCCAAAGUAG